GUCAACUCACACUCAGUAUUCGAUAAAAACAGCGGUGUCUAGUACUAGAAUCUUAUUUGGUCUUCUACCUGGUCUAGGAGCCCUGAUAUUACUUCGAAUGGCUAUACACUUAUACAGACCAGAUAUAGAAGACGCAGAACAUCGAGUCAGAGACUAUCCAUUCGAAAAUCUUUACGAUUGUUACGACUUUAUUAUAGUUGGUGCUGGUUCCGCGGGUGCAGUGCUUGCAAAUCGACUAUCAGAAAAUCCGAAUUGGAAUAUACUUCUACUUGAAGCAGGGCAGGAUGAAAACGUGUUAGCUGAUAUUCCAGUAUUAUUCCCAGCUUUACAAACAUCAGCCAUCGAUUGGCAGUUUGUGACAGAACCAAGUGAUGAAUAUUGUUUAAGUAUGGUUGAUACAAGGUGCAAAUGGCCGAGAGGGAGAGUGCUUGGUGGUUCCAGUACUCUAAAUGCAAUGCUGUAUAUAAGAGGUAACAAACGCGACUACGACAAUUGGGCAAAUAUGGGCAACAUCGGCUGGUCUUACGAUGAAAUUAUAAAAUAUUUCGUUAAAUCUGAAGACAUGAGGAUACCUGAAUACCAAAAUAAUCCAUAUCAUGGUGUAGGUGGACCAAUAUCGAUAGAACAUUUUGCAUACGAACAACCUAUUACUGGGAAAAUAUUAGAAGCUUCCCAGCAAUUAGGAUACAAAAUAAUUGAUGCUAAUGGACCAUCUCAAACCGGUUUUACUCGUUCCCAUGCAACGUUACGUGACGGUCUUAGAUGUAGCACGGCAAAAGGAUACUUAAGACCUGUUUCUAAAAGACCUAACCUUCAUAUUAGUGUUCAUUCUUUAGUGGAAAAAAUACUUAUCGACGAAAACAGAAGAGCAUAUGGUGUAAAAUUUGUGAAGCGCGAACAAACGAAAUUAAUCAAAGCAAGCCGUGAGGUAAUCCUAUCAGCUGGCUCAAUUCAAUCCCCACAACUGUUGAUGUUGUCUGGGAUCGGGGAUAGUGAACAUUUGAAAGAGGUCGGUAUUUAUCCGAUUGUUAAUCUACCAGGUGUCGGUAAAAAUCUACAAGAUCAUGUCGCGAUGGGAGGUCAUUCUUUUUUAUUCGACAAUCCUUACAAUAACGGUACAGAUUACUGCUUUAAUUUAAAUUCUGUUUGGUCUCUUGGCAAUCUUAUCGAUUUUGCAAUAAACAAAAAAGGUUCUUUAUAUAGCAUGAUGGAAGCAGAAGCAAUGGCAUUUGUUAACACUAAGUACCAAGAUCCUGUAGAAGACUAUCCUGAUAUUCAACUGUUUAUAGCCCCCACAUCAGAUAAUAUGGACGGUGGACUAUUUGGUAAAAGAGCUAAUGGAUUGACAGAUGAAACAUACGCAGAACUAUACGAGGAUAUUUUGUUUGAACCGUCCUUCUCUAUAGUUCCAUUGUUACUAAGACCUAAAAGUAGAGGCUAUAUAAAAUUAAAGGACGGAAAUCCUUUCUCUCCGCCACGGAUAUACGCGAACUAUUUCGAGGAUCCACAAGAUUUAAAAAUAUUGAUAGAAGGCGCUCGGAUAGUUCAGGCGUUAGUGCAACAGCCGGCGCUACAAGCACUCAACGCGCGGCCCAACCCACACCGGAACCCGGGUUGUACCCAGCACGAGCUAAUGUCAGACGAGCAUUUGGAAUGCCAAGCACGUCACCAUUCGCUCACCAUCUACCAUCCGGUAGGCACAUGUGCGAUGGGCAGCAUUGACAACCCUAACGCAGUCGUUGAUCCAAGAUUACGUGUUUACGGAGUCAAAGGAUUAAGAGUAAUCGACGGCAGUAUCAUGCCUACAAUUGUCAGCGGCAAUACGAACGCUCCAAUUAUUAUGAUCGGAGAAAAGGCAGCAGAUAUGAUUAAAGAAGACUGGAUGCAAGGUGGCAUUGACAUUAUACAAUGUGACCGUAAAUAUAAACAAAACGAAGAGGCACUAGAAGCAGAUUCACCUAAUAGAAUUAGACUAUCCCAACUGGGUGCUCCAGAUAUUCUUAAUGAAACAGCUAGCUUAUUCCCGGAACUGUCUAAAGGUUUUCUUCCCACAACAAACAAGAGAAGAUCAAAUACAACUCUCUUAACUUCUUUAGACAACAAUAGAAAAAAAACAUCACUUCCCAAUUCAUAUAAUCCCAUUGAUCACUACCAUAGUUCUGACGUGUUAAACACUUAUGAUGAAGAUCGCAAAAAUCCAAAAAUUUUGCAAUCGUAUUCCAAUAAAAUCCCGCAAUAUUCUUUUAAAUCAAAUCCAUUUGGAAACACAAAUAUAAUGAAAAAUUCAAUGCCAGUUUAUUCUUCUAUAAAUCCAUUUACGGAACUAACAGAACGCGAUAAAGUCCGUCCAUUUUACGCAAGAAAACCUUAUUAUAAACAUAAACACCAAUCAAAUAACCAUAAAUCAUUCUCCAAUAUAUGGAAGCCUCAAAAUGUUCAAAAUAGACCGAAUGAAAGUAAAAAGAAAAUAUAUUUCAAAACUGAAGAGGUGAUAUCACCUAAAGGACGUAAAGAAUGUAAAAUUUGGUUGUAUUAUGAUGGAAUGAAAUAUAAAGUAACAAUAUAAACUUGUAUUAGG